AUGUUCCCUUUGGCUUGGGCUGUUUGUGAGGUUGAGAGCACUGACACAUGGAGUUGGUUUCUAGAACUUCUAGCUACUGAUUUAGGCACUAGUGAAGGAGCAAGGUACACUUUCAUGUCUGACCAACAAAAGGGUUUACUUGCUGCUGUGUCAAAUGUGUUUCCACAAGCUGAAAGUAGGGUGUGUGCAAGGCAUGUGUACUGUAACUUUAGGGGAGUGUUUGGAGGUGGUUUAGAGUACAGAAAACAAUUUUGGACUAUUGCAAAAAGCAACACAGUAAAUCACUUCAAUGAAAACAUUGAAGUAAUGAGGGGUAUUUCAAAUGAAGCUGCUGAAGACCUACUGAAAAGGAACUACAAGAAAUGGUGUAGGGCAUUCUACACUCCAUUAUCUUGUUGUGACAGUGUAGACAACAACAUGAGUGAGGUGUUUAAUGCAUACAUCUUGAGUGCAAGGCACAAGCCUAUUAUUACCAUGUUGGAAGAUAUCAGAGAGGGUUUGAUGGAAAGACUGCAUAAGAAAAGAGAUUUCAUUGGGAAAAAGAAGAUAAUGUUGUGUCCUAGGAUCCAAAUUCAGUUAGAGAAACACAAAAUUUGGGCUAGGGGUUGGAAUGCAUACUGGGAUGGUGGGUUUUGCUAUGGAGUAAGAGAAGGUGCAACACAGGUUAAGUAUGUGGUGGAUCUGAACCAACAUACUUGCAGUUGCAAUGCAUGGCAGGUGAGUGGGAUUCCAUGCAAACAUGCAAUUGUUGCUAUAUGGAAUAAAGUAGACCACCCAGAACAAUAUGUCAAUGCAUAUUUCUGCAAACAGACCUACAUGAAGGCAUAUGAAUUUUUGUUAGAGCCUUUAAAUGGUCCUCAAGAGUGGCCUACUUCUGAUAGCAUUGUUGUGGCUCCAAAGGUGAAAAAGGUCAAUGGAAGACCUAAAACAAAGAGGAGAUAUGGUGUUGGAGAGGUAACUGCAUCUGGUAAGCUGAAGAGAACAGGUUGUUCUAUGAAAUGCAGCUUAUGUGGUGUGAUAGGCCACAACAAAAGGGGUUGCAAGAAUGCCCCUAAGCAACAACAACACAGCAACAAUCAUGCUACUGCAGAGCAGACCACACCACAGCAACAACACCCAAGAACCAGUUCAGCUAUACCAAUGCACAAUAGGGGUGUGGGUAUUUAUACCUACCCAAAUGGGUAUCAAAGAAUAGCUACUCCUAUAUCACAACACUUCCCCACACCAUAGAGGCAAAGACCUCCUGCAGCUUUCUAUUCUGAUCAUGGGGGUGAGCAAACCAUCUACUCCUUCCCUGCACAUGACUUCCCAUUGUCACAGACUCAACCAAGUCAAGGACACACAAUAUCAAGCCAAGCAUUGCAGGAUCUUGCAAUGGCUAGAAGAUUAGAAAAAAGACCAUGAG